AUGGGCUGUUGCAUAUUCGCAAAAUGUAUAGUGAUCCGCCCCGCAAGUAACAAGAAGAUAGCGGAAUGGGAGGAUUUAGCACAGCUAAGGACCUUGGCGUGUCACUGUGACCCGGGCGAAGCAAGCAGCAAACCAAUCCCUACAGUGAUGACGGGCCCUUCGCCCGAACAUGUGGGUCAGAAUAGGAGGGAUUGGGUAACACACCUACAUCAUCGCUCCGGAUUCCCGGUGAUCCAGCUCGAACAUUCGAGUGUUCACACCACUUGGGAAUGGCUUGCUUUGCAAAGAAAAGUUUUUCUAUCCGCUCCUGUCUUGCGCAUGCCCGAUGACAUGCAGAUGUGGGCCGCAGGCGACACAAUUUCUCAGUGGUUAAUUACGCCUAAAUUAGCAGCCAUGCUCAGGCGACUUAGAUCAAAUGAGAGACUGAAUGCAUGCAUGCAGGAGUAG